CCGGAGGCGCUAGGUAGCGCCGAGAGGUGUGCGCGGCUCCGGGAGGGGCUGGUCCUCCUCUUUGAACUCGGCUCGCCAGGCAGGAUGAGGCGGUCCCUGUCGGGGCGGCGGGCCCUACGUGCGCAGGGCUGGCGAGGCGGCGAGCGGGCGCUCCCUUAGCUGGCUCCGGCGGGCGCAGGAGGGAUCCCCGCGGGGGGACGGAGCCAGGUGGCUGCGGCGGCGGCGCUGCUGUACGCCGUGCGGAUCCGGCUGGGGCGCCACACGUCCGGGGAGGCGUGCGGAUGGGAAGCGGCGGCCGCGGCGGCGAGGGCGGCUGCAGCGGCGGCGGGCAUGGGGGAGCAGCUGAGCACGGCCAGCGCCCCGCGGGAGUCAGCCGCCGCUACAGCCAGCGCCCCCGGGCCGCCUCUCUCGGCCGCGGGGAGAGGGAGGGCAGCGGCGCCCCGUCCAGAGGGCGACCCGGGGCCGCCGCCGCCGCCUCCUGCUGCUGAACCGCUGGGCCGGGAGGCGGAGGACGGUAGCGCCGUCGCUCGCCCGGAGGAGGGCUCCGGCUCGGAAGCGGGAAGCAGCCCCAGCCGCCGGCUUCCUCUGAGGCCCGUCUACUGCACCGUCUACUGCGUGGAGAGCGACCGGCGGCCCAGCGCCCCGCCGGCGUCUCCGCGCCCAGGAGGGGACCCUGGCCCCGGCCUCUCGCCGCCGCCGCCUUCCCUGCCAGGAGGAGGAGGAGGAAAAGGCGGCGGGGACGGCAGCCUCGAGGUGGACUUGUACCUGCUGCCCGAGCCGUUCUCCGGGCUCAUCUCCGGGGACUUCGGGCCCUUGCUGGUGCUGACUUGCCGCGUGUGUCUGGAGGAGAAGCCCCUCAAGCCCUUGCCCUGCUGCAAGAAGCCCGUCUGCGAGGAGUGCCUCAAGUUCUAUCUCAGCUCGCAAGUGCAGGUGGGGCAAGCAGACAUCCAAUGUCCCAUAACAGAGUGUAGCGAACACCUGGAUGAAACAACUGUCCUCUACAACUUGCCACAUGAUGACAUCAUCAAAUAUAAGUACUUCCUGGAACUUGGCCGUAUUGGCUCGAGCACCAAGCCAUGCCCUCAAUGCAAGCACUUUACAACCUUCAGGAGGAGAGGCCACAUUCCAACCCCUACCAAAAUGGAGAACAAGUACAAAAUACAGUGCCCAACCUGCCAAUUGGUGUGGUGUUUUAAGUGCCACUCUCCCUGGCAUGAAGGUGUCAACUGCAAAGAGUAUAAAAAGGGAGACAAGCUGUUACGUCACUGGGCCAAUGAAAUUGAACAUGGGCAAAGAAAUGCUCAGAAGUGUCCAAAGUGCAAGAUCCAUAUCCAGAGAACAGAAGGGUGUGACCAUAUGACUUGCUCACAGUGUAACACUAAUUUCUGUUACCGCUGCGGGGAGAGAUACCGCCAACUCCGUUUCUUUGGAGACCAUACAUCAAACCUCAGUAUAUUUGGAUGCAAAUACCGCUACCUCCCCGAGCGACCACAUUUAAGGAGAUUAGUGAGAGGCUCUGUCUGUGGUGGGAAGUUGCUUAUUGCACCACUGAUACUGGUUCUGGGACUGGUAAUAGGAGCCAUAGCUGUUAUCAUAGGUUUAUUUGUGUUCCCUAUCUAUUGCCUUUGUAAAAAGAAGAGGAAAAGGCCACGAACAGAAAUGCCCUGGUAUGAGUGAGCCAUUAUAUAUCUGAAAGGAGGCAGUCCUGCAAGAAUUAUGGAAAACAUGUGCAGCACACUGUGCUAGUUAACUAUCCUGGCAGAAAAUCCAGGGGCAACUGCCAUAUUUUGUCUGCACUGUACACUACUAAAGACAGACCAGAUUGCUUCCCUGCUCUGCUACUUCAGACAAAAUGGAGGCCUCUCAAUUUUUAAAGGUGUUUUUUUUAAUCACUCUCCCAAAAAAUCAAGUUUACUUUGUUGGACAGCCUACAUCUGCACUGUAGCUACACAUCUACUGAUUGGCCCACGAAAAGAGUAUUUAAUUUGGCAACCUCUUCCCCACCCCAAGUCACUGGCGUAACUCUCAGGUGGCCUUCCAGAUGCUGUUUUCAGUGGACUUGUUUGUUUCAGAGGCUGGCUUCAUACGUAGAAGUGGUUAUUCUGUCUAACAUCAUUGGCAUAAUAACAGGUGCUGAAUUCAGUAGCUCCUUAUUUUGUAUAUGCAACUUUGCCCUAAAUACUGAAUCAUGUGUGUGCUAAUAGCUACUGUAGAACCUUAUAGGGAAUUUAGUGGGGAAUUAUUGGAACAGUAUCUAGUCCAAAUAAAACAACAGAGAGAUUUGUCUUGGUUAUUUGGGAGAGCAUUGUGUCAUUUUCAGUGUUUUUGACCUGUGCAAGUUGUUUAGCAAGGCUUAAAAUGUUCACGCCAUUAACUUCCAUCAAAUACACUGAAUUAAGUUAGGUGUAAAAGCCUGCCUUUUAUGGUUGCUUCUGGAGUCUGACUAAAGGCAUUGUGGCACAUAUACACACUACAGACCAGAAGCAUGUUCAUAUCUGAAUAUGCAACAGCAACUAAGAAUGUGGCCAAAACCAAGGCAAAUGCAAGAAAAGAAACAAAAAAUGUAACUACUGGAGCAUAUUUCAGAAUGCUUAGCACUAUCUAGCUGGGGAAAUAGCAAUUUGUUCUGAAGCAGUCCAGAAGUACACUGUUUUUCUAGCCUGCACCAAUACAUGCCUAAAGUGAGUAGGCAUUUUCUAGGUUUUUCCUAGGAAGAUACAUUCAGGACAGCUUCAUAACACAAGGUCACUUAAGACACAGGAUCUGUUUGUGUCCUUCUUACUGUUAGGCUCAGGUCUGGAGCAGUGCGCCAAUGUAAAUUAUAUGUCUGUCCUGGUUUGCCUGAUUUCCAUAGUUCUUCCCCAAAGGUUUGGGAGUAUUAUCAAUAUUAGGUGAACCACACACCAAUUUGUAGGUGUAUUAAUCCAACCCACACAUUAAAUCAUUUGUGUGGAGUUCGACAUGUAUAUUUCCAAAGGUCCAGGCCUUCUUGCCUACUAAGAGAAAGGUCAUUACUGAAUUUAUGAAUUGUCCCAUUUGUAUUGCACAUUAGCAGUUAAAUUAAAAUGUCACCUGUGAAGUGUUAUGUGUUUUAAACAAUGAAUAAAUUCAGUAAAAACUAGUGCUUUUUUUUUUUUUUAGUUCAGGAUCAGGUACCUGACAGUCUUAUUUAUAUGUUCUUUUUUUUUUUAACUUGAUACUUUUUGUUGAACUCAACAUGUGAGGGACGUGCAGCCCAUUGAUUUUAAAGUUGAGAAUAAGGAUAAUUAAGGAAGGGCUUAAAGAAAUUAUACUGUCCUGUUACGUUAGCAAAAGAGAAUAUCAGAGAAAGGAAAACCAUGCAAACAAUCCAUUAUAUAACGAUGGACUGUAUCGUAAGGUGCCUUUCUAAGCUCAGAAGAAGUCCUUUGGGGAAUGGAAGGGCGCUUUGAUUCAGCAAAAGUUCCCAUUAACAGGAGGGAGAAAGUGAAUUUUGCUUUUACCUUCCUGUCUCUGCAGUCCCUCUCACUAUCUGCCAUGCUGUUCUGGAGGCUGCUUAUAGAAUCCUAGGAUCCAACCUAGACACAGAAUUAUAAUCUGCUGAAGUUUCUUGUUAUCUUCAAGGUUCUGUUACUCAACAGAGUAGUGAAGUAUUUGAAAGUCCUAUGUUCUGUUGUAAGGGCAAUAGACUCCACAAAAUAUAUAAAAAGGCAACAUACAGUUAUUUAGAGCACAUUGUGCAUUAAAAUAUUACAGCACUUCAUUGCUUUAGGAGUUUGGUGAUAGUACAAAAUGCAACCCAGUGAAUAUGUAUUAAUUGCUGGACCAUAAAGCCUCAUCUGAAAUUGGUAGUAGAUGCUACUUAUCUGGCAAUAUGUCUCUGCCUUAUGUUUCAUUUUCAUGUGCUAGCAUCAGUCAUCUUGCAACUGAAAGUCUUUAACAAUAUCCAAAUUUACCACCUUUUCAUCCACUAAAAUUAGAUUGAUUUUAGUGGAUUAUGAAACCUGGCUUACUAGAGAAAUGAAUUAGAAUGCAAACAUUUCAAAGAGAAAUUAUUUUUGGUAAAUUAAUAUACACUAUGCUGUUUCAAAUAUUUUGAGCUUGCUUAAUGUUUCUCCUUUUUUGUGUUGUCUCAGAGUUGACUGCUGCCUUAAACUUUUUAAAAGAUUGUAUAUGUUUACCUAGCCCCAAAUUGCAUUUUCUCAGGCCAAACUUGUGCAUUUUCUUUGGUUUACUCAGGGAUUUCAGUCCUUCAUUAAAAUGUCAAAUACUCUUAUGAAAAAAAGCUUUUCUAAUAUUUAGAAAACAUUCAAACAUAUUAAUUAUAUAAUGAGAUUUGGUGUUUGUAGUAGAGGAUGCAUUAAAGCAAUCUUGAGGCCUCUGUUUGAUUUUAACAUAAUUCAUGUACUACUUGAGCUUUCUUCUGUGUUUGAUUUUUGUUCUCUACUCGUUUGAAAUAUAGCCCUUACAUGAUCCGGGAAUUUUCAUGUGCAGCAGCAAGUUCUGUGCAAGAAUCUUUCUGCUACAACUAUUGGCUCUAGAGACAGGAAGUGCUCUCAAGUCUUGACAGAGAUGGUCACUUGCUUGGAAAUGACUGGUCUCUCUCACCACACAUAUAUACAUACACGUGAUCAGCAAGGGAUUUGAACCACCCUGGCCAACUAUUAUUUCAUUAGCUUGUGAAGGAUACAGGAAUGCCACAUGAUAUUUCUGGGUGGGUGCUUGUCUUGUCUAGACAAUACUUUUGUGUCCACAUGGGACCACAUUCUGAAGCACUCUUGCUCAUGAAAGCUUACUUUUGUAAGUGGGUGUAAUCCCAUAGGUGUUGCUCCAUUGACAGAAGGCACGCUUCAGCAGAAUGGGGAGGGAGGCAGUUCCUCCUCCACUGCUGAUAUAUCUUGUCUUGAAAUGGUUUAUAAUACUAAGAUAAGUGAAAGUGAAAGGCAUGUGUAUAUGUUAUCUAUAUAAGGGUAAUUUAAAGUUAUUUAUAGAAGCAACUCUUUCCCACAAAGAUACAAAAAUAGCUUCACGGACACAAAGGCAUGACAUUUUAAUACUUAGAUGAAACGUGUAUCAAUAAAACCCUAUGGUUAUGCAGAUUUAGUUCACUGAGUAUUUAAGUGUAACAUCAAGAUGUAGAUUUUAUAUUCAGUUUUAUAUUAACUUGCCUUUUCCAAAAAUGGAGCAUUAGCUGUUAUAAUACAAGAAAGGAAGAGGGGCAUCAAAAUACUGGUUUGCUGACCCCUUUUGUAAGGCUAUUUUCUUGAAUAAUUAUCCCAAAGGGUUAUUUUUUAAUUUCCUUUAACAAUACAUAAACAAACAUACUCAUUUAGCAACCAUUGGAAUGACUGCUGAUUCACUAUGUCGUAAAACUUGGGUGAAAUCAUAUUGUUUAAAAAUCUGUUUUGCUGAACAGUUUCAGAAAGACUUCUGUGGUAAAACUGUUCAAGACAUUCUUUGAUUUGUUUUAUGCAAUUUGUAUCCUGCUCUGUGAUUAUUAUCUGUUGCUUUUAAAUUGGAGUAACUUGAUCUCAGUUACAGUGAAAUAUGUCCCUAUGCCUCUGACCAUAGCUCACUCACAGUAAGGGAAUAUUGCCUAUUUUCUCUCUCUCCAAUGCUUUAAAAGAAAAAAAAGUAUAAUAUACCUUAUCAGAAUGAAAAAGAAUUGAAAUUGUCUGUUUGGGGACAGAACCUCCAUUGCUUUUAUUAGUUUAACAGUAAAUACAAGACUGGAUGAUUUGUUCUAAAGUAGAGCAUCUAUAAAGUAUUUUAUUAUCCAGAUUGCUGCACACUGCAUAUUCCAGUUUCAGAAGGUUGACAAUUUUUCAGUGUAUUCAGACAUUGCCAAGUAAAGAUAGUUGUAUUUGCAAUGCAAGUAGGUGUAAACUAUAGGUUGCAAUAGAUUGCCAUUUUGGUCUUGACUACUGACAUUCAGCCUGGAAUUAAUUUCAGUAAAUAGGUAGCGGUUCUUUGGUUGUAAGAAAUUUGUGCAAUCCUUUCGGAAAUGGGCACAGGAAAAAUGCUUAGAUAUUGAUUCUUACUAUUAGCGCAAUUUUUCUAAAUCCUUUCAGGGUAAUAUUUUUUUAUGCAUUGGCUGCUUUAAUAAUGGGUGGUUGUAAUCACUUUAAGAAUGCUGUUUCUCACUGUGGUAAAAUCUUUGCCAAGACAUGCCAUGAAUUUAUUUAUAAGAAAUAUAAUACCAUAUCUAUCCCAGGGCAAAAGAAAACUCAUCUUAGCUGAGCCAAUAUUUCUCAUCUUCUUUUUUAAAAGAACAAUUUUUCCACAAAGCUGCCCCAAAAUUGUUAAAGUAAUUCUGUGAGUACAAGUGAGGUGACCUUCUGUUUUAAAUGAUAUACUUUUAUGUUGGCCACUUUUCCUCGCAUCCCAGACAUUCCAGUCUAGCAAGGAAGAUUCAUGCCUGAAAUAAUGCUUCUAUUUGUGUCUGGAUGGGACCCCAUACUGUCAAAAAAUGCUGUGUGUGGAGACAAAGUUCUGGAUUAAACCACACAUGUGCAUUCUGGCAGGUUAGCCAGUACUGUUUAAGUUUUUGUAUGUAUUUAAUUCUGGACACCCUUUCUUAACAACAGGUGAUUAGAAGCUGUCAUUGCUAACCAUAUGUCUCUGGGAAGAUCUUGAAGGACACCUUUUUGUGUUGCAGUGAGAUCUUUGGUUCAGGGCUAGAGCUAGGGCUAGAGUUUCAUAAAGUGUAGGAUACUUAAUAUUUACUGAAAAUCUUGAAUGUUCACCUGCAAUUGCAGUCAUAGCCAGAAGUUUCGAGAACAAAGAAGUGAACUUGUGUGCUAUUUUGUGUGCCAUCCUUCAUAAAAUGAUUUAAUGUAUUGCCAAUUGUAUGUGGUGCCCUCACAAUCUCAGUUUUCUGUUUCUGUAAAUUUUUUAAAGAAACUGUACAUAACCCUUGAUUAUGUGUGAAGGAUUUUUUUUUAAUUAAAAUAUAUUGGGACAUGGUAAAACUUCAGCUGCAACUGUUGUACUUUUGAGUUUUCCAUGGGAUUUAUUGGAUUAUAUAAUAGAAUAAGGACAAUAGAAGUUACUUCUGAGAGACUGGUCUUUCAGUUUGGUAGACUGAUUGAUGCAAAAAUGAAGAUCAAAUGGUAUAAUUCCUGUGGUAAAAGCUAAAUAAAUAAAAAAAACUGGCUUUUCUUUG